UGGUUUUUCAAAAAAUUGGAAAAUGAAUUGAACCGAGUUGGUUUCCCUCACUUUCAGAUCUCAUUUUGCUUUCGCUGGGUACUACCCAUCUUCUCCAACACAAUGCCGUAGCUCUCACUUCAUCACCCUCUUUUUUCUAUGGAAGAUAAUCCGUUUCAUCUCUGAGCUUUCUCUACUUGCUAUUUCAUUAUCUUUCUCUGCAAGUCUUUGUAGCUGCAAAUCUCCAUAGAAUCAUCUUUCACUGUGCAGUAGAGUCACAAUGAGCGCACAAGCUUCCAAGUCCACAAAACCCACCAAACCUCCGAAUGCAGCACCGCCAUCUUUGAGAUCUUCCUCUUCUUCCCUCUCCUCUCACCUCGCUAUGGUGGAGCUGAAGCAGAGAAUCCUCACUUCCCUUUCCAAGUUGGCCGAUCGGGAUACCUACCAAAUCGCGGUUGAAGAUCUUGAAAAGACUAUUCAAUCCCUCUCGCCGGAGACCCUCCCUAUGCUUCUCAACUGCCUCUACGAUUCCUCUAACGACUCAAAACCCGCUGUGAAAAAGGAAUCGAUUCGCUUACUCUCCUUUGUUUGCCAAUUACAUGGUGAUUUGACGUCGACCCACUUGACCAAAAUCAUUGCCCACAUUGUCAGGAGGCUGAAGGAUGCGGAUUCUGGGGUCAAGGAUGCUUGUCGAGAUGCAAUUGGCGCGAUCUCGGGACAGUACUUGAAGGGGAAGGAAGAGAGCAAUGGGGGUGUUGGGUCAUUGGUGGGAUUGUUUGUGAAGCCGUUGUUUGAGGCGAUGGGGGAGCAGAACAAAGGGGUACAAUCUGGUGCUGCAAUGUGUAUGGCGAAGAUGGUGGAAUGUGCCGCGGACCCUCCUGUUGUGGCUUUUCAGAAGCUGUGCCCUAUGAUCUGCAAGCUGUUGAACAAUCCCAAUUUCUUGGCUAAGGCUGCCCUUUUGCCAGUUAUUGCGAGCUUGUCUCAGGUUGGAGCAAUUGCACCACAAAGCUUUGAGUCAUUGCUGCAAAGUAUUCAUGAUUGCCUUGGAAGCACAGAUUGGGCAACACGCAAGGCAGCAGCUGAUGCUUUAAUUAUCCUGGCAUCACAUUCUAGCCACUUAGUUACUGAUGGAGCUGUUUCCACUCUGACAGUGCUCGAGUCUUGCCGAUUUGACAAGAUCAAACCUGUUAGAGAUAGCAUGACAGAGGCAUUGCAACUAUGGAAGAAAAUUGUGGGGAAAGACAGAGAUGGAUCUCCAGAUCAGCAGAAAACUUCAUCUCCUGGCACAGCCGAGUUGUCAGAAAAUAAUACAAAAAAUUCAAAUGCUGGAGAGAGAGCAGAGCAAUUAACUAAGGAUUCAUCUGAAGGAAAAGGUGGAGGAAUUCCAGAAAAAGCAGUUGUAAUACUAAAGAAGAAAGCUCCUGCCUUAAGCGACAAGGAACUUAACCCCGAAUUUUUCCAGAAACUUGAAACAAGAGGUUCUGGUGAUUUGCCAGUAGAAGUCAUUGUUCCUCGCAGGUGUCAAAAUUCUUCAAACUCAAACAAUGAGUCAGAAUCAAAUGGCUCGGAUUCUAGGGGAAGGUCAAAUCGCAUUGGAAACAUCCAAGCUGAAGAUCCUGGAUCUCUGAACACUAAGUUUCGCAACAUAGAGAGGAUAUCCACAGGCUUAUAUUCUAAACAACGAGAUCAUGGGGAUUUUGUACGGGAUAAGUGGCCUGAAGAUAGGGUAAAUGGGAAAGACCCGAGAACAAGGGCAUCCGACGAUGACAGGACUGAUGUAAAUCAGAGAGAAUCAUCUGGAAAUCGUGUGGCUUUGUCCAAGACAGAUGGGCAGCCUGAAGGAGCCUUUGUAAACAACAAAGGAAGUUGGUUGGCUAUUCAAAGGCAGUUGCUGCAGCUGGAGAGGCAACAAGCUCAUCUGAUGGACAUGCUUCAGGACUUCAUGGGUGGAUCUCAUGAUAGCAUGGUGACUUUGGAGAACAGGGUCAGGGGUCUUGAGAGAGUUGUUGAAGACAUGGCGAGGGAUUUGACAAUCUCAUCGGGUAGAAGAGGUAACUUUGCAAUGGGCUUUGAGGGAUCAAAUAGAUCCUUAUCCUUAGGGAAAUACAAUGGCUUCCCUGACUACUCAAAUGCUAAGUAUAAUAGUCGGAUUCCAUUUGGAGAAAGAUUUAACCAGUCUGAUGGAGUUGCUUCCGGCAUGAGGGGAAGGGUUCCCACUUGGAGAUCCGAUGUACCUGAUGAUUGGGAUUUCCCUGCAUAUGGUUCUUCUAGAAGUGGCCAGAUUGGCUCACGAAGAGCACCUUCUGGUGGUCCUCUGGAUGGUAGAUCACCUAAAUCAGAGCAUGAGAAUGAUCAGGUAGGCAGCAGCAGGAGAGCUUGGGAUAAAGUGGCUGCACCUGUUAGGCUAGGUGAGGGGCCCUCCGCUAGAAGUGUCUGGCAAGCCUCAAAGGAUGAAGCUACCUUGGAAGCAAUUCGAGUGGCUGGAGAAGAUGGUGGAACAUCUCGGGUAGGACGAAUAGCUACCCCUGAAUUGACUGCAGAAGCCAUGGCAGAUGAUAAUGUUGGGCAAGAGCGGGAUCCAGUGUGGACUUCUUGGAGCAAUGCAAUGCAUGCCCUCCAGGUGGGUGACGUGGAUUCUGCUUAUGCUGAAGUUGCAUCCUCUGGGGAUGAUCUUUUGCUUGUGAAGCUAAUGGACAGAACUGGCCCUAUUAUUGAUCAACUUUCAAGUGAGAUAGCCAAUGAAGUUCUGCAGGCUAUUGGCCAGUUUCUAAUGGAUCAGAACUUGUUUGAUAUCUGUCUCUCUUGGAUUCAACAGUUGGUAGAAGUGGUGUUAGAAAAUGGCCCUGAUGUACUUUCCAUUCACAUGGAGUUGAAGAAGGAGCUCUUGUUGAACUUGCAUGAAGCAUCCUCAACAAUGGACCCUCCUGAGGACUGGGAGGGUCCAACACCUGACCAGCUUCUUAUGCAGUUGGCAUCAGCUUGGGGAAUUGAACUGCAACAGUUUGAGAAAUAGUGAGUUGCUGAAGAGCUUAUUGGGGGUGAUUUUCUGUACUUUUUGCAUGAGAAAUUUUGAUAUAGUGAUUGGUAAAUAUAUCAUGUCGUAUUUAAAGACCAAAAAGGCCUAGAUUUCAAACAAAUGUGCAAGUAGAACUUGAAAGCCACACAUGAACACAUUUUUAAUCCAAAGUUGAAAGAUACAUGUUUGUCCUUAAAUGUAUUUUAUCCACCCAUGAAGUAGUAUAGUAGUUCCAUUAUUACGUUUACUAUUUGUAAAUAUUGGCAUGCUUCCUCUGAAAGCAUUGUUGUUUGAAUUUUUAUACGGAAACUGGAAAUGAAACUUAAAGGCUAUUGGCAAAA